UCACAGAAGUAGCUAAGUUUUGUUUUCCAAAUUUUCCUCCUAAAGCAAAAAUAACCCCAAAAAAAGUCACUGUGUUCUUUCUUUUCUCUGUUCUUCCCCCAAUCUCAAGUUCCUCUCUUCCUGCUCAAAAAAUUCGUAGAAAUUGCUGGUCCAAGGUUGAUUUUUUCUCAAUUCAAUAAUUCUCCACUAUCAACAUCUUUAUUUUGGGAAGAAAAUAUGCCAUUGGGAUUGAUACUAGGGCUUGGAAGGGCAAUGCGUAGGAAGCGUACAUCAUCGCUUGAUAUCCUCCAUCCAAAGAGGGCGCCUAGGAACUACUACAAAGGAAAUAAUUGCAAGUCUACCGGAUUCCACACAAACAAAGGUGGCUAUGUUGUGGUGCAAGAAAAGCUGCCUAUCUAUGUUGUGCCUGAUCUUACGGAUUUCAAGCUCAAACCAUAUGUUUCUCAAUGUGCACUGAACGCAAAGACGACGGAGAAUGCUGGUGCGUUAAAUUAGAAUGUUAAUGCUACAAGUAUCUGAAUAUUUGAGUUAACGAAAUGCAACUACACCGAUAGUGUUUGGGCGUGGAUUCAUCAGGGCAAGAUUGCAACAAGGCUGGAGAAUAAAUAGCUUCCUUGUCUUUGUGAUUGUAUUUCUUUCUUCUGGCUUACUUGAUUUAAUGAGAACCUAUGUUCUUUGGAACAAUGUAUGAUACUACCUCUGUAAUACACUCGCCUUUUUCGGUCGUAUUUAUUUAAGAUAUACACUUGCCACUUUUAGUAA